AUGAACGGCGACAAGUUGAAGGACGAAGACGAUGAGGCUCUCAAACAAUUCUUUCCCACAAGCUUUGGCAAAGCGACAAGAGAGGCAGAUGUUGCGAGGCAACUAGAGCGAAGCAAGAGGCCGAUAAAUGGAGAACAGGAAAAACCUCACAGGUCAGCCAGUGAAGAUGACGAAGAUGAUGAUGACGAUGAAGACGAUGAAGACGAAGAUGAUGAGUAUCCAGUCUCUCAUGAGCUGGUGCUCAAAACGCAUGACCGACCCAUCACCUCAAUGACACUCGAUCCAUCUGGAUCUCGAUUAAUUACUGGCUCUACGGACUGUUCGCUCAAAUUUCACGACUUCGCAUCUAUGACACCAAAUACCUUGCAUUCUUUCAAGACAAUAGAUCCCAAUGAGACCAAGCAAUCUACGAAUAACGAUACCCAUCCUAUUCACCAAGUGCAAUUCAAUCCCAAUUCGCCCAGCCAUGUUCUCGUGGUUACCUCAACGCCUCAAGCGAAGCUUUUCGGUCGCGAUGGUGAAGAGCUCAAGGAAUACGUGAAAGGCGACAUGUACCUCAGAGAUCUACAUCAUACGAAAGGACACAUAUCUGCUAUCACUACGGGUGUGUGGCACCCAACAAACAGAAACCUCUUCGUUACGGCUUCCACUGAUAGCACCCUGCGUAUAUGGGACGCAAACAUGCCCCUCAAGCAAAGAGAUGUCAUAGUGCACAAGUCAAGAGCAGCUGGAUCGGCCGGCAGGACAAGAAUGACAGCAGCUGCUUGGGGCACAUCUCCCCAAGGCGGGAAAAGCUUGUUGGUUGCGGCCGCGUUGGAUGGAAGUUUAGCGAUGUGGGAUGGCGAAGGAAAUUAUACUAGGCCAGCUGGAGAGAUUCGGGAGGCUCAUACACCUACUACCUGGACCGGAGGACUCGAUAUCAGUGCGGAUGGAAGGACGGUGGUCACAAGAGGAGGCGACGAUACCAUCAAGCUGUGGGAUACCAGGAAAUUCAAGCAGCCCAUCAACUCAGUCAAACAUCUUUCGACUACCGAUAUACAUCAUACUACCAACAUAACCUACUCCCCAAAUUCCUCGUCGAUCUUGACAGGCUCCGCGGACGGACAGUUGCACAUCUUAAAUCCAGCAACACUGAAGCCAGAACUUGUGACGCCUGUCACACCAGGCUCGUCACUGAUCACCGUCUCAUGGCACGAUAGGCUCAACCAAAUCCUCACAGGCUCUGCAAAUGGUGAACUUCACGUCCUGUACAAUCCAAACAUCUCGACAAAAGGUGCUGCGAUGGUCAUGUCCAAAGCUCCUAAGAGGCGGCACGUUGACGAUGAUCCGAAUUUUACGACCGAUCUUUCUCAGGGAAUCUCCGGCGAUAACCUCACGAAUGGGAAUGAUGGCUCAAGGGGCAAGCCUAAUACAGGACUCACCGUCUCCGGGCGCUCUAGGGACCCCAGAAGACCGCACAUACCUCUUACAACACCCUUCGCAAAGACACAACCAGAUGAAGAGCGCAUCAAGAGCAACAUUCCUCUGAGCUCAAUGCGGGACGAAGAUCCCAGGGAGGCGCUGCUGAAAUAUGCGGACAAGGCAGAGAAAGAUCCCUUAUUCACAAAUGCGUGGAAAGCGACGCAGCCAAAGACGAUAUAUGGGAAUGCUUCUUAUUGGAAUUCGAGAGCGAAUCUGGUGGGACGGCAGAAAUUGCUGGACGCCUUACCUGCUAACACGAUUUACCUUGCUAAAAAUGGGCUGGCGAGUGACGACUUUGGCUCCGAUCCUUCAGAUCCAGAAGGUUUCGCAAACCACGCCGUCUUGAGCGUAGAUUCAGAUGAUAACCAUAGCUUUCGACAUCGUCGUUUCAGAGAUGGUGAGCUCCCGCACCCAACCUAA